GUGUGUCAUCCACCGACUAAUCUACCAUGGCCCAUUUGCUUUCUGUCAAUUGCAGAGUCAUGGCUGGAUGCUUAUCAUUAUGGCUGGAUGCUUAUCAUUAUGGCAGAAGAAGGAAAUUUGGUCUCCAAACCUUUUGAGCAAUGCAGUCUUUUCCAAUGUACUGUCCAUACAAAGCAGUGGGUCUCAUCUGUUAAACCAUUUCCAUGCAUUCAUUGCUUUGAUAGAUUGAUAUUAUCCUUCUGUAUCUGUCAACCAUCAAAUCCCAAACAGAAUGAAUUUCAAGCCUUUCAAAUAUGUACCCUCUGCAUAAUUAUCUCAGACUCGCCUUACAUGGAAUGCAUAUCUGCUGUAAAAGUUCUGUCAGCAUAUUCAGGUAAUAGGCCCCCACAAGGUGAUAUAUGUAUAUAUAAAAUCUCUGUCAACUGCAGAAUCUUGAUCUGGAUGGUUGUUUGACGAUUAGUUGUAUCAAUGAUUCAACUGCCCACCUUACUGAUGAGGGAGUGUGAGAAUUUAACAGGACAACAGUAGCAGUUCUCAGAUUGGGUUGCUCUGUUUUGAGGAUUUAAGGCCUUGUAAGAAGUGGGAUAUGAAUAUAUAUAUGAUGAGGGAUUGUGAGAAUUUAACACGAUAAUGGUAACAGUUCUCAGAUUGGGUGGCUCUGUUUUGAGGAUUUAAGUUCUUGUAAGAAGUGGGAUAUGAAUAAUUGGCUUCUAGUAUAAGAUGGUAUGAUGAAUUCAAAAUGAAAAGGGCCAAGGAAUGCUGUAUGUGUGGUGACACUGGAUUCUCUCAUGAGCUCUUUCAGUGCACAGCCUGCCUCUACCGCUCUCAGCACACAUAUUGUAGUUGUAUGUAUCCAAAGGCAGAGUCUUAUCAUGUAUGUGAUUGGUGUCUAAGGGGGGGAGAGGAGAGAAAGGCUUCCAAACAGAUUAUGGAGAAAUGUACACAGUCAGAUCUGAAGAAGUCAGGGAGUUUCCUUCCCGGCCUGCACGCCAUUAAAAAGCAUAAGCCUGCAUUACCAGACACGGCCCACGUCCAAAUUGGAAAUACCCACAAGUUUGGCGAUGAAGGAAAUCAUGAACAAAUGGUGGAGCCUGCUAAAAAUGGUAUCUUGAGCUCUGUAAAAAAAGGAAUAAGCAAAUGCAAAGAGAUUUUCGGGAGUAAGGCGGUGACAACUGCAGAUUCGAAGGCUUCGACCCCGCGACUUGUUAAAGGCAAGGUCCGAAGAUACAAGCUUUUGGAGGAGGUUUCGACUUGAAGUUUUAGAGAUUCUCGCCAAUAGAUUAUGUUCGCUGGCUGUAGCCUGUCAAACCUGCACUUGAUUUGAUCUGGGCUUCAUAGUUUUGUUUGAUUGGAUUAUACAACUGGAGCUGCACGAUCUUGUACAUGUGUCAGUGUUACUAAAUGUGAAGUUGGCAUAAUAUGUUGCUAGAAUGUUUCUGUAAUAUUUUUUUAAUGGUGAUUUUGAAGAUUUCAUCACAAAUAUUUAGAAAUUUUU